AUGGGUGCUUCUCGUCUGAAGAAGACUCGUAGGAGAUUUCAUGCGGGCUUCUUGGCAUUAAAGAGUAGUUUUCUUGCUCAUCUUCCUGCUCUGAUACUCUCCAAUCUGUCAAAGGAGUUCCGAAGAAUGGCAAAGGCAGUGCAAAAUCAGUGUCUUGUUCUAGACACCAUGCCUGACAAUACUUAUUUUAGAUGGGGUGAUGACCCUUCUGAACUUUGUGGCCACGAGUGUGUUUUGCCCUGCGGUGACGAACCUCUAACAUGUAAGAAGAAACCCUAA